AAGAAAAUUAGCAGAAGACCAGCUGCUGUCUGAAUUGGUCAUCCUUUUCCCCUUCCCGAUCCCAAACUUGUACUGUAACUCAGUUUCCCGUCGCCCAUCUGCUGCAAAAGCUGAUACGGAAUUGAUCCAUGGCAACUCAACUACAGGCUCCUCACUGUCCUCAGUGUGACCAGGUUCGUACCUUUCUGCUUUGCAAGAAAGUGCUGAAUCUGCACGACCGAGAAAGGGAUAGGGUCCUUGGCAAGCUCCGCAGAGAACUUGGCGGAGAAAACGUGCAAAUUCGUUAUUCAUCAAGUCUAUGCAGGAUGGAUAAAGAAGUUGACGGCUUGCUUGGCGGAAGAAAGGAAAAGAGUUUUGCUCUUAGGUGUCAUUUGGUCCACCGUUCUGCGAAUGGUGAGGACCACUGGAUCGACGGCUUCAUGGAUUUCACUAAUAUCGACGAGGAUAUCAGUGAAAUCUGCCGCUGGGACUGGGAGAUCCAAAACCAGCUUCUUCCACGCCAGAUUUUGGACAGGAACAGCCUGGUUGAGGAGUUGGUUGGGGGCAACAACGGAAAUGAUGUUCAGGACAACUACCAGCAGGUCGUUGUGUGUGGCCAUGGAGGCUCUGGCAGGACAAUGGUUGUGCGUGCUGUUUAUGAACACGUGCAGAUCAAGCACCAUUUCGACCGCCGUGCAUGGGUGUCCGUACCAGCUAAUUUCAUAACAAAUGAGGUCUUGCGUGACCUAUUGGUGCAGUUGAGCCCCUCAGGGUUGAAGCUGGACUUCACAAAUAGUGCAAAAGAAGAAGAAGAACUACUGGGUGAGGAGCUCACCAAACUACUGAGCGGACCUGGCCGUUAUCUCAUCAUCAUGGAUGAUGUCAAGGCCAGGGACAAUGCUUGGAAAGCGCUGACGAGGUACUUACAUGGGACAGGUGGAAACAGAAUUCUCAUCAACACUGGGGAGGUGGAUCCAUCAACGACUCUGUGGGCUAAAACAUACGAUCUCGGACCACUUCCUUGGGAAGUUUCACUCCGGGCAGCGUUGUGCUCUAAUUCUGCAUCUCCGGGAAACUCUAACUCUUCGAUUGAAACCUUGUUUUGGAGUUGCCCCAGAUUGUCCCUCCAACUUAAGGCCUGUUUCCUUUACCUGUUCCUAUUUCCCAGAGGAUUUGAGAUCUCAGUGCGCAGGGCUUUGUGCUUAUGGGUUUCCGAGGGUUUCUUGGAUUGCAAAAAGGUGGUUCAGAAUAAUCAUCCCCCCCCAGAGCCGGAAGAUCUGGCCAGAAUAUGCUUUAACAAACUGUUUAGAGCAAAGUUAAUCGAGGUAAUCAAAUGGAAGCUAGAUGGAAGCCCUAAAACUUGCCGGGUACCACUCUUCGUGCAUGACAACUUCUACGAGACUUCAAAGAACCUCUUUACUGUCUGUCAGCAUGAAGAUGACCACCAACAUCUGGUGAGGUUCGUGAAAUACCAAGACAAUGCCUCAGCCUCGCACACAAAUGAUCAACAACUGCAAGACGACCUUCGAUCUUACAUAUGUCUCAGCUUGAAAGCUAGGGGUAAAACCACCAAAGAAAUAAGAGUGUUAGACUCCAUGAUUCUGAGGAGUCGGUUCGCAUUGUUGAAGGUUCUCGAUUUGGAGGGGGUCUACAAGCCACAGUUGCCCGACUCUAUGGGAAAACUGACACUUCUGAGGCUCUUAGGGCUAAGAUCGACUCUGAUAGAUUCACUGCCGAGGUCUAUAAGUGAACUGCCGAACCUGGAGACUCUAGACCUGAAGAACACCGAUGUAAUCUCUAUUCCCAGUCCUAUUUACAACUCAGGCAAGCUUCGUCAUCUUUAUAUGAAAGAGGUUCAAAUUGAUUCCUUAUGUCACAAAAAAAUAUCCUCAAAUCUUCGGACCUUGACCGGGUUGUGUAUAGGUGAAGGGAGAUCUUCACCUAGUGGUCUCGAGAGAAUGAACAAACUUGAGAAACUAAAACUGAGAUACCAUCCAACUUCAGUUGGAGGUGCAGCGGCCCUUGUUUCCCAAAACACACUCCUUCAAUCUCUAAGGUUGUCAUCGACUGAUCCUUCUGAUCCAUAUGAUUGUCAUGAAGAGUUGAACUUGUCAUCCCACACGAAUCUGCAGAAAUUAUAUUUGCUCACGAAGUUAAGGUUAAGUGAACCGGAGACUGAAACUCUAGCGGACCAACCUGCAGCAGCACAGAAUCAACCUGCAGUUUACUCACCUGAAGUCGAGUCAGCAGCCAAGCCAGCAGAACAGCUUGCCUUUCCAGGAAACCAGCCUGACGUGCAAUCAGAGCUUGAGCUCACUGGAUCGCCUCUGCAUGCCAUUCCAGGAAAUCAACCAGAAACUGUGCCAGAAAUUGGGCCCGCAGAACAGGUUCAAUCUGGGUUUCCAGGACUCCAAGUCGAACCAGUAGCUCAGCCUGCAGAACAGCUUGGAAACCAACCCGACGUGCAGUUAGGGAUCGACCCCACCCGACAGCCCCAGCAUGCCGGUGAACUGGUAGUGGUACUUUCCAGCAGCAUCAGGCAACUUACCCUGUCAAAGUCUUGUCUAGAUGAGGAUUCCAUGGGACUUUUGGGACGUGCACUUCCUAAACUAGCCGUGCUUAGGCUUUUUGCUGAAUCCUACACUGGAUCAAAAAUGAGAUGCACUGGUUUUCCUGAACUGCGUAUCCUGAAACUGUGGAAACUGAAAAAUCUUGAGGAAGUGAUUGUGGAAUCAGGAGACAUGUCCAACCUUCACGAAAUGGAAAUUCGGGAAUGUCCAAUGAUGAAAAAAUUCUCCGGGGUGCAGCGCUUGGGCAUGUUGAAGGAACUCACACUGACAAACGUGCUUGAGGAUCUAGUGAAAGAUGUCGAGAGAAAUCUGGAUAAUCAGAAUACAUAUUGCAGAAAAAACAAUGGAAAUGCUGCGUUUCUAAUUGAGGAUUCAUGAUCACUGAAUCCAAUGCGGCCAGCCUUGAGAGCAGAUUCAUAUUCAAAAUGCAACGAAGGUGCAGCCCACUGAACCAUCCGUACCUGGGGCAGUCAUUUUCGCAUUGAGAAAUGUGGUGGGAUUAAUGCCCUUGUGAUAUAUUCCUCCUGCCUUUCCCCCAUCUAAUUCUCCUUCUUCCCUUUUUCCAAGUGACUUGUGUAACGACCCCGUGUUGCCCAUGCAUUAUUUCCUUUGCUCUAGUGAGGUAAUUCGGCUUUUUUAUUUUAUUUUUUUUCAAAUGUCAAUAAUGUAUGGCAUGUAUGAAGUGGGGGGUUGUGUUGUUGCCGUGUGGAAUAUAAAAUCUAUGUAAUGACCCGGUGCUUUUCGAAUUCGCUCGGAUCGCAGCAAAAUAAUGUCUUCCAAAUCA